AUGCUGCUCAGUUGGAUUCUUACUAGCUCGGCCGUUGCCGUGGCUGCCAGCAACCAGCAUCGAGGAGGAAACGCAGCUUUCGACACUCUGGUCACCUUUGGGGACAGCUAUACCGACAAUGGCCGGCUGUCGUAUUACAUCUCCCACGGCGGGUCUGCGCCAUCGCCGGGCCAAACUCACUCCGAGACAAACAAGACAGCCAGCGGCGGUCUCUCCUGGGCUCAAUUCGCCGCCCGGACGGCGCGCGCCAACCUUGCUGACUACGCCGUCAGCGGCGCGACGUGCUCCAACAAGAUCGUGGAGCGGUACUUCGCAACCAUCAAGAGAUCCUUCCCGUCCGUCAUGGACGACGAGAUGCCCUCCUUCCAGGCAGACAUCGCAUACAAGACGCUCUUCCCGAAGCGGACCGCCAGCAACACGGUAUAUGCUCUCUGGAUCGGAACCAACGACCUGGGCCAAGGCGCCUUCCUAACGGACUCGGAGGCACCUGACAAAACCAUCAGCGACUUUGUGGACUGCGUGUGGUCUGUCUUUGACGCCAUCUACAAGACGGGCGGUCGCCGAUUCGUGUUGCUCAACGAGGCCCCGCUUGAGCUGUCCCCGUUGUAUGCUCCCCCCGAAGUUGGAGGAGCGCUGGACACUUCCCUUUGGACCAAAAAGACGCUGUAUAACAUGACGGAGUACAGCGAGAAGAUCAAGCAAUACACCACUAGCGUCAACACAAUGUUUGACUAUGGCGUGCCGUUCCACACCUUCGUCAAGUCUAGGUGGCCGAAAGCGACAUUUGACAUCUUUGAUGUCCACAGCCUGUUCAUGGACAUAUAUCAGCAGCCUGCGAAAUAUCUGGACGCUCCGCACAACGUUACCGGUUACUGGCACCACUGCUCAUUAAGCGAUUCCGAUUGCGUCGAUCAGACCAGCCUGGGCCCUCUUUCCGGGUUCAUGUGGUACGAUGCGUUGCAUCCAUCCGACAAAACCAGUUCAAUCGUCGCACAGCACUUUCUUGACGUCGUCGCUGGCAAAUCGAGGUAUGGAACCCGGUAUCACUGA